AUGUCGAUGUUCUCAAACUCGAUCCACUUUUUGCUUCUACUAGGCUUUGUUUCUAGUACUGUAGCACUAACAUGUUACGAAAACCAUCCAGUGGUAAGUUAAACAAAAUCUCAAUGAUUUCAGAAAAUGUUAAGUUUUCAGACUGAUGAAAUAAUCGAAGUGACAAGCGAUGAUUACACUUAUUGUUCACUUGUUCCAAAAAACGAUGGUCCGGGUAGAGUGUUCGGUGUGGGACCCGAAAUCGAUUCAGUUCAAGCAUAUGAUGCUACAUUCAAAUCAUCGGUCAAGAAUUACAGCGUGCUCACAGUUUGUCUUUACGAGGUAAGUACCAACGAAAAAUUAAAUCGAAACAAAAACAUUUGAUACAUUUUUAGAAAUACGACUAUCAUUUCAUGCGAAGUAUAAAAACAUCAGAAUACAUGUUCCGUUGUGUUUGUAAUUUCAAUCUAUGCAACACGCCGACCAAUUUCCCACAAUUCCUUCAAAAACAAAAACAACAUUCGCUUUAA